AAAAUGUUUUUUAAAGAUCAUCCAGUAAGAUUAUGAAUUAAACAGCAGAUAUGCCAAAGGGAGGAGCACCGCUCGUCACGGGAGUUUCUCCCAAAGAAGGACCACCUGGGACAAGAAUUACUAUCAGAGGAGAGAAUCUUGGAAAGGAUCCCAAAGACUUAAUUGAUUUGUAUAUCUGUGGAGUGAACUGUGUGCUAACAGCAGAAUGGAAAUCCUCCAGUAAGAUCAUCGCCCGUACUGGUCCGGGGAAAGGGAAGGGGGACAUCAUAGUCCGGACAAACUCGGGAGGUAUGGGGAGCUGUACUGUAGGAUUCAAAGGAUAUUUUGUCCAAAUUGGUCCACUUCAGGAUUCAGCCAUUUGGAUUGAUGAAUCACAAACUGUCAACGUUCGUCGACUUCACGCUCAGCUUCCACUGUUUUCUAAAGACGAUGACGACCCACUGGGAAUAUCUGAUGAAGGCAUUCAAAUAACUGUACAGGACACUGAUGCCCCCGCUUCUGCUGAAACAAUUACGUACCAAGAUAGUGCAAAGUAUAAAGAAGAUGAACUUUUGGAGCUAUUUCCAGAGGCGUCUGGUAACUUGUCACUGGAGAAUUUUUCCCCGGCCUGGUACCUGCUGGAGAACCAUCAUAGUACAAGUUUUGAUGACCUGAAGGCGGGGCUUGCCUACAUGAAGAGGCGAGCCACCCAGAGGUCGGAGGGACCCAUCGCGUUUGUCAAAUCUAACUUGUCCUCCACACUCGACUGUCUAGAGAGCCUAGAUGCAAUGUACCAGCAGUUUUGCAUUGAUGAUCUAAGAGGAGAUGCUGUCAGUUCUUAUGCCGUGUUGUUAAUGCAGGCAAAGUCUUGUGCUGACGGCCUGUUUCAGGAAGUCCUGGGGAGAAAAGAUAAAGCUGACUCCACAAGGAACGCACUGAGCGUGCUCCAAAGAUUCAAGUUCCUGUUUUAUCUCCCACUAAACAUAGACAGAAAUAUAAAAAAGGGUGAUUACAGUUUAGUGAUCAAUGACUAUGUCAGGGCCCGGUCAUUAUUUGCUGAUACUCAAGUACAGGUUUUCAAAAGAGUGUAUACUGAUGUUGAAAGUCGAAUUAACACAUUCCGAGACAUGCUCCAUACCAAGUUACUAGAAUUACCCACACCUUUGGAAGAACAGAAGAAAUUAAUCAGGUACUUGAUGAGCCUGGGGUGUGAGGGUGACCCAGCCUGGGAGUGUCUGGUCAAUCAACAGAAGUGGUUGAUAGGAAUACUGACCAAGUGUAAGGAUGACCAUUUACAGGAAGAAGCCAACAGUUUAGCUGAUGGAGACGGUGGUAACAUUGCCAAGAGUCCAUUAGCUGUUCCACAAGGAAAGGGGAGGGAUACAAAUUCCAGUGUUAAAUCUACAUCAGAUCAAACAGGAUGGAAGUCUGGUACCCCUCAGAAGAUUCUGUUUGUGGAGGAACUGACUAACUUGAUGCUGGACAACAUUCCUGACUUCUGGAAGCUGGGACAGGCCUACUUCUCGGGCUCCCUCUUUGUCAACACAAAAGAGACAUCAGAUAAACAGUACAAAGCAGAUACAAGCAAACACAGCAAGUUUAAGCAAAUGGUUACUGAUUUAAUAAGUCUAUUUUCCAAUUUGGUGCGAGCUGCAUUUUUACCAGAAUCUCUAGAGAAUAUUCCCAAGGAGACUCGAGAUACGUACGGAACGUGGCCCGCCCCGUGUAGCGAUAUUCCAGGGGGCUGGCUGCCGUCCAGUGUUAGACAUGUCAGGUUCUGUGUGAACUCGUUGUCCUUCCUGGAUUUGCCAGGAGAUUCACCGCUAUUAAUACAGGACCUAGCUCUGGACAUCAGGACAAACUGCAUGUUUACACUUCUUAAACAGGCCAUAGCAGAUGUGAAACAGCUGUAUACUAAAGAGACCUGGGUCGUGGAUACUGAUGAUGAAUCAGGGGGCACAACUCAACUGCCUGCUCUUUUUGAGAACAUUGUGAAUGAGGCGAUACAUCAUCUCCAUGAAGUGGUUGUCCAGAACAAGUCAGGGGAACCAGAGAUUUUUGCCCAGAGAACCAUACAGAAGGAUGCCACGGCCCUGUGUACACAGCUUCUACAAGCCUUCUCCCCCUGCCUUCAUAAACUGGCUUUUGAUCCUCCAGAAAUCUCAAACAAAAAAUUUAAGGGAGGGAAGAAAGUUAUAUCCCCAGAGGACACCACAGCACCCAUCCUGGAGGAUAGAAUACCACCAUUAGACAAGCGGCUGAUAAUCAUGUUAAGUAACUGUAACCACACACUUGUGAGGGUGAUUCCUCGUCUGGUAGAGAACCUCAACAAACACGGCUAUGUGGAGAUGGAGAAGGCCCUCAGGAAUGAUAAUGAAGAGAAAACAAAUAUUUCUAACCUCCAAAAGGCAGAUCUAAAACAAGGAUAUCAGGCUGCUAAAGAUACAUAUGUGGAUUUAGACGACAGUCUGUUUGAGGCGUAUGUAGAAGAAAAGUCCAAUCCAAUUGUUGGUGCCAUAGAACAAAAUAUGUACAGAGGGGGAUUUGAAUGGAAAACAUGCAAAAAACCCACAGGGGUUAGGAACUACGUUAAAGAGAUGAUUAUGAAAAUGAUUGAGGUCCAUGCUGAGGUGUUUGCUGUCUCACCCGUGUUUGUUACCAGGGUAACCCAGAAGGUGAUAGAGGCAGUGUCAGAAGAGCUAACCAGACUGAUACAGUGUGUGACAGAGCAUGGGCCCUACAGUCCUAUACAGGCAAGAUUGGAGCUGUUGGCAUUACAGGAAACAGUCAAUGUGUAUCUCACUCCACACGCAAGUACAUGUUAUAAGGAUGCUCUGAAUGACUUGCCUGUGUUGAAGCCAGAACAUAAAAAGUUGCAGGAAGAGCUGUUGAAUAAAUUCAAAUCUCAGAUGAAAUUCCAGCUUAUGUGUUUCUAUGGUGACAGUGUUAUGAGGACUUCUAGUGUUGCAUAAUAGGACUAAGCAGGAGGUAUUGUGUAAGUUCUGUAGGGAAAUUAAAACGGCAGUGAAAUAUGAUAAAACAGCAUGGAUCUUGUGAUAAUUGUGCAACUAAAAUGCAACGGAAUUAAAAAACUUGAAACUACCAAGUGCUUAAUCAUUAUCAGAAGAACAGAUUAUUGUGCAAUAUUUUUUAGUUUUGUUAUGUAAGGAUGUAUUACAUGAUUUUGUUUUUUUUAUGAU